GAAGGCAGACAGAAAAUACAAAGCAAUGGCACUGGGGAGGGUAAAGAAGACGAUGGCUGUGGCCGUAGCUGUGGUCGUGGUUCUAGCCGUCCAUUUCACCCGAACCAUGGCUCUGGAUCCAACCGUUAUUGUGAUUGGAGCCGGAAUGUCCGGGAUAUCGGCGGCGAAGAUGCUAUCGGAUGCUGGAAUAAAGAACUUGUUAAUACUAGAAGCGACGGACAGGAUCGGUGGCCGCAUUCACAAAACCAACUUCUCCGGGCUAUCGGUGGAGAUGGGAGCCAACUGGGUGGAGGGAGUCAAUGGCCCACAAGUGAAUCCUAUAUGGCCAAUGGUGAACAAGCUCAAGCUAAAAACAUUCUUCUCCAACUACGACAAUCUCUCCUCUAACACUUACCAACAAACCGGCGGACUUUACAAGGAGUCAUUUGCAAAGGCGGCUUUCGAUAUGGCCGACAAGCUCUCGGAAUUCAGCACCAACGUUUCAACUUCCCUCACUGCCUCACGGCUGGAAGAUAUCUCCAUAUUGGCAUCUCAAAGACUCAUGAACAUGGUCCCUUCGACGCCGAUUGAGAUGGCGCUCGACUACUAUAACUACGACUAUGAGUUUGCCGAGCCACCACGAGUGACGAGUUUGCAGAACACCGAGCCAUUGCCUACGUUCACCAACUUCGGUGAGGAUGUCUACUUUGUAGCAGACCCAAGGGGCUAUGAAAGUGUGGUGUAUGACAUAGCCAAACAGUUCCUGGCCACCAACUCGGCUGGGAAGAUUACUGAUCAACGUCUCAAACUCAACAAGGUGGUGAUGGAGAUACGCUACUCGCCGAGUGGGGUGAUUGUUAAAACGGAGGACGGUUCGAUCUACAGAGGAGGGUAUGCGAUGGUCUCUGCCAGCGUUGGCGUCCUUCAAACCAAUCUCAUCAACUUCCAGCCCGAUUUACCGCGCUGGAAAAUCCUGGCCAUUUACCAGUUUGACAUGGCCAUAUAUACCAAGAUAUUCUUAAAAUUCCCAUACAAGUUCUGGCCCACCGGCAACGGUACGGAAUUCUUCCUGUACGCCCACGAAACGCGCGGUUAUUAUCCGAUUUGGCAGCAACUGGAGAGGGCAUACCCCGGAUCAAAUGCCCUUCUAGUAACAGUGACAGAUGACGAAUCAAGACGGAUAGAGCAGCAACCUGAUUCUGAGACAAAGGCAGAAAUCAUGGAGGUUUUGAGGAGCAUGUUUGGUAAGAAUAUCCCAGAUGCCACCGACAUACUCAUCCCAAGAUGGUGGUCUAACCGUUUCUACAAGGGGACUUUCUCGAAUUGGCCAAUAGGAGUUAGUCGGUAUGAGUAUGAUCAGAUCAGGGCACCAGUCGGACGGGUUUAUUUCACUGGGGAACACACCAGUGAGCAUUAUAAUGGCUACGUUCAUGGGGCCUACCUUGCAGGUAUUGAUUCUGCGAAUAUGAUGAUUGGCUGCAUCAAGAAAAAGAUAUGCAAAUUCCAGAUAAUGCCUAAGGGUACUUGAAUCCCACGGUUCCCCGAGCACGUAAGGCAAUGGCAGGUAUUAGAUGGCUAAGAUCUUGUGAAAAUGAGAUACAGCUUCUUCAUGUUUUGGAGGAACGCAUUUCAUCCGUCAGCUUAUUGUGGCAUGUUGGAUUUUGAGUGGACGAGAUGUUUUUUGCAUGUAUAUUUGCCUAUGUGUCGUCUGUG